UUUUUAGAAGUUUUAUUUGAGAAAAAAGCUCGAUGUAGCUUUGUAUGAGUAUGUUCAACGACGAAAGUGCAAUUUUUAUAGUUUUAAUAAACAAGUCUAUGCAUAUUAGAGAAUCGCUUUUCUUUGAGCAGCGGUUUUAUGUUGUUCGUUUCAGUUCAAAAUAUAAUAUUUAUAGUGUUUAUCAUAUAUAAAUUAUGAAAGUUGUUUACUGUGAUCUCUUAAACGAAAAUAUUGAAAAAGAAUAAUUGCAGCAAUGUGAUAUAAAUUAUAUCAUCGAUGCGAACACAUAAUAAUAAAGCAUUGCCACUUAAAAAGAUUUUAAGAUAUUUCUUAUUUAAAACAGCUGUUUGUCAAAUUUAAAUAGCAUUACAGAAUUAAAUCAUAACACAACUAUCUCAUAACUACUAAUAAAUGUCUAAAAUAAUAGUUAAUCAACUGACACACGCACAAAAGGUGCGUAUUCUAUAUAAAACGAUUUUACGUUUACAUAGAGGUUUACCAGACGAACUACGGGAAUUGGGUGAUAAAUAUGCCCGCGAUGAAUUUCGCCGUCAUAUUACUUGCUCACCUAUGGAGGCUCAACUAUUUAUAACAGAAUGGGCGAAGUAUGCCGUAACAAUUACUUCACAAUUAGGUCUGAAAGGCAAAGCCAAAGGUACGAUAGGAGACCAAUUGGACACAAGCACAGUGGAAAUGCUUAAAGACGACCAAGUGAUACAAUUGUAUGAAUUAAUGUUGGUUGCUAGGGGCAUUGAAGGUGAUACAAUUACCCAUACAGAUGUACAUCAGGCUAAAUAAACAUAAAAUAAAUAUCA